GGGCCCCGCCCCGCCCCGCCCCCUCCCCUCUCUCACUCUCCCCCAAUAUGGAAGCAUCUAGAAGGAAGGGGAGCUGCUGAUACUGUGGUGAUCUUGUAGUUGUCCUUUUUUGGUUGCAACCAAAUGUAAUUAUGGACAACCUUGGCCAUAGAGAAAAUGGGAGGCAAAGGCCAGACCAAUAUAAAGGACUUCAUACCCAGUGGAUGAUGCCCCAACAAAGGCAUCUGAAGGACCAUCAAAGUAUGAAUCUCCUGGCGCUCAUGAAUGAUAGGGAUAAUGCUAUCCGAGAAAGGGACCAUGCUUUGGCUGAGAAAAAAGCUGCCAUAGCUGAGCGAGAUAUGGCGUUUGCCCAGCGGGAUGCUGCAAUGGCUGAACGUAAUGCUGCGGUUGUGGAAAGGGACAAUGCCCUUGCUGCUCUUGAGCUGGCACGUACAAAUGGAUUGAACAUGAAUAACGGGAAUGGAUUUCCCCAAGGAUCUCUUAACGGAUCAAAGAACAUCCACCAUCAUGACCAGCUUUCUCACGCUCAAUCGUCACCAUUGCAACUGGCAGAUUCUCCUUACGAUCAUGCCAGAGAAAUGCACAUAUCAGAAGCAUACCCCAUCUCAACAGCUCCAGGGAGUGUUGGAAAAGCAAAGAGAUCAAAGAAGAAUAAUUCCCAAGCCUCUCCGUUGAAGAGGCCAUCAGGUGUGCUCCGGAAAACCAAGAAACCAUCAGGUGACUGGAAGAAUGUUGGUAUGUCUGGUUAUGGAGAUGAUUCUGCUCAUGCAUCUGUUAUGAAGAAUGAGUGGAAGGACCAAGACCUUGGUCUGAAUCAAGUCGCAUUUGAUGAGUCCACGAUGCCGGCUCCUGCCUGUUCGUGCACAGGGAAGCUUCGCCAAUGUUACAAGUGGGGGAAUGGCGGAUGGCAGUCAUCAUGCUGCACCAUGAACAUUUCCAUGUAUCCACUCCCAGUGAUCCCGAACAAGCGGCAUGCUCGCAUGGGGGGGCGGAAAAUGAGUGGCGGUGCCUUCACAAAGCUGCUGAGCCGGCUAGCGGCUGAAGGUCAUGAUCUCUCGACGCCGGUGGACCUCAAGGACCACUGGGCUAAGCACGGUACAAACCGGUACAUUACCAUCCGUUAGCUUGCAGAUGAACGCGCCAUGCGAUUCAAGCUGGAAAGGGGGAAGAUCAGGCAAAUCUUGCUUCUCCUGCAUUCCCUAAAUCCCGUCUGUGUAAGGUUGUCAUUGGUUUGUAGCGGAUGUAGGUUAGAGUUUUGUGUUCAAAGUGCUGUAGGUUUUCUCCCUUUCUGAACCCUGAAUCGUGCUCGUGGCUCUGGAAUGCUGCAGCCCACGAGAAUGGAAAAUGUAACUGUAGUAUCCAGGUAUUUAUCGUCAGAUCAGAUCAAAUCAUUGUAUAGUUUGACAACCAGAUUUAAGUGGAGGUAGUAGACCAGCCGUAUUGCUAUUUGG